CAAGGCGACAUGGAGGCUCGAGCUGCGCCGAGAUUUUAAGGGAAAAGCAAAAAAACAAACAGCUUUAAACCGGUUUAUUCGGUUUCUGUCAGGAAAUUAGAAAAUUUCCCGAUUAGUAAGUGAGAGUAAUGACAAUGCUGGGUAUGUACGUGCCAGACAGGUUCGCUCUGAAGUCCUCCAAAGUCCAGGACGGAGUCGGUUUGUACACUGCGAGACGAGUCAAGAAGGGAGAGAAGUUCGGCCCGUUCGCCGGAGAGAAGAGGAUGCCUGGAGAUCUAGACAAGAGCAUGGACCCGAGGCUGAUGUGGGAGGUUCGAGGGAACCGAGGUGACGUGCUGUACAUACUGGAUGCCAGCAACCCUCGACAUGCUAACUGGCUGCGCUUCGUUCACCAGGCACCGUCUCAGGAGCAGAAGAACCUGGCUGCCAUCCAGGACGGGGAGAACAUUUUUUACCUCGCCGUCGAUGACAUAGAGACAGAUACCGAGCUCCUCAUCGGCUACCUGGACAGCGACAUGGAGGAGGAAGAGGAGGACGAGAUGGUCAAAGAUGAAGAGGAGGACAGCAAAGAGGCCAAGAACGUCAGCACGCAACCAGAGUCUUCGAUAAAGCAGGAGGAUCAUCCAUGUCUGCUGUGUGAGAGCAGUUUCCCCAGUGAGGAGGUUCUGGCUGAACACCUGCAGAGUUUACACCAGAGAGCUAGCGCAGAGGACAAAGAGUUCAAGUGCCGCAACUGUGGCAAAGAGUUCCCUGUCAAACAGGCACUGCAGCGCCACGUUCUCCACUGCACUGAGAGUUCUUCAGCCGGAGAUGCUUCCCGAGUUCACCAGUGUGCUCUUUGUCACUGCUCCUUUAGCUCGGAGUCAAGCUUUGAACAGCACAAGGAGGCCUGUAAAGGAGAAGCCAGGUUUAUCUGUAAGGCCGAGAGCUGCGGAAAGAGAUUCAAGAGCAAAGAUGCGCUGAAGAAGCACAAAAGCAACGUUCACACAGGCAGCACUCGGAGGAAGCUCAUAUGCACCAUCUGCAAUAGAAAAUGCUCAUCUUCAGUCAACCUGCAGGAGCACCGCAAGAUCCAUGAGAUAUUCGACUGUCCUGCAUGUGAUAAGAAGUUCAUCUCCACCAAUCAGCUGAAGCGUCAUAUGAUCACGCAUUCGGAGAAGCGACCUUACACCUGUGAGAUCUGCAACCGCAGUUUUAAGCGCUUGGACCAGGUGACGGCUCAUAAAAUCAUCCACAGCGAAGACAAACCGUACAAGUGCAAGCUGUGCUGGAAAGAGUUCGCUCACCGCAAUGUCUACAAGAACCACAAGAAGACACACUCGGAGGAAAGGCCUUUCCAGUGCGAGGAGUGUAAGGCUCUGUUCCGGACGCCGUUCUCCCUCCAGCGCCAUCUCCUCAUCCACAACAGUGAGAGGACGUUCAAGUGCGACCAGUGCGACGCCACGUUUAAGCGCAAGGACACGCUGAACGUACACAUACAGGUGGUGCAUGACGGACACAAGAAGUACAAGUGUGACCUGUGCGAGAAAGCCUUCGUCACGCCGUCCGUGCUCAAGAGCCACAAGAAGACUCACACCGGCGAGAAGGAGAAGAUCUGUCCGUACUGUGGUCAGAAGUUCGCCAGCAACGGGACCCUGAGGGUGCACAUUCGCAGCCAUACAGGUGAACGCCCUUACCAGUGCCCGUACUGUGACAAGGCCUUCAGCAAGAAUGACGGGUUGAAGAUGCACAUACGCACACACACUCGGGAGAAGCCGUAUAAAUGCAGCGAGUGCAACAAGGCCUUCAGUCAGAAGCGAGGUCUGGAUGAACACAUGCGCACACACACCGGAGAGAAGCCAUUCCAAUGUGAUGUUUGCGAUCUGUCGUUCAGUCUGAAGAAGAUGUUGAUCCGCCACAAGCUCACCCACAACCCCAACCGGCCCAUGGCUGAGUGCUCGCUGUGCCACAAGAAGUUCACCCGCAACGACUACCUCAAAGUGCACAUGGAGAACGUCCACGGAGAGACGGAGGGCUAGAGCCAGGUCACAGGGACACAGAUAGAUACGGACCAUCUGUCUCUCUCAAACACACAAACACACACACACACACACUGCAAAAAGUGACAGCAACUGAAAAUAUUCUCAACAUUAAUAUUUCAUAUUGUAAGAACACACAAAGCCAAAUAUUUGAUUAUUAACCUUUCUAGACAUUUUUUUUUUUGCCGUUUCAACCUUAAAAUCCUUUUGUGCAAUUAACAGAUAUUUAAAAAAAAAUAUUGUAAACAUUUAUUUAUAUAAAAAAACAAACAUCUGUGAGGAUUUUUUUUACUAUAAUAAUAAUAAUAAUCUCAUAAUAAGAAAUGGGAGAUAAAUGUGUCUGCAUUGAGGAUAUUUUCACUUGUGAAGAAGUCAUCAUAUUUUUUUAUUUUUUUUGCAGUGAAUCAUACAGUGUUGCAUUACAUCAGUAUUAAAGGCGAUUAUUAAAACGUAGCCCAAACCGUCUGAACAGUUUUAAUGUUACAGCGUUACAGCGCAGGACAAUCAGGCGGAUAUUUUUACCAGUGAGCCUCAAUCUUCGUUUCAGCUAAAAACAAGAAAUUAAAAUAGACACAAACUUCCCCACAGAUGCAGUCACUCAGCUAAAGACUCUUAAAUCUGAUUGGUCAGAAGGUGAGCUAACAUUAUAUAACUAUAAACUGUUCAAAUGGAGCAGAAUUAUGAUCGAUUCGGCCGUAAAGCGUAACGUAAAAAGAAUAAAUAAAUAACGGAACCAAAUAACGUAAUGUAAUAAUAACAUACGUAACGUUAUCUAGUGCUAAACAUUAACCGUACCUUAAAAGUGUGUUAUCCCUUAAUAACAUUUAUUUAAGAACAAAAGACACUUUAAUUGUUUAUACUUGAAUAUAAUGUUGCAGAACAUUUAUUUACGUUAGCUCACCUUCAGACCAAUCAGAUCGUUGAUUACCGUGGAUAAAAUACCGUGGAUAAAAAAAUACGGUGCUGAGGACGAUUUAUACGUAGACGCCGAUCAGACAAUUCCAUCGCAACUCGUCUUGUUUCUUUUUCCGAUGAAAACUUGAUCCCUGUUCUCUUCACGGAAUGCUGAAAUACGGUGUACAAAAAAUAAGUAUUUUCUAAAAAGUAAUUUUUUUUAGUUUUCAUUUGGAGCAUGACGGUUUGCUUUAUUCAUCAGUCAAUAUCAAUUAAAAAAAAUUUAAAUUAAGAAAAUUUUCUUUAUUCUGGAAAUUGUCUGGAAACGUGACGAGCUGUUUAUUCCAUGGAAAAAUUCAAAGAUCCCACUUUUAAAUUUAUUUUAAAACACACCGGUUUCAUCCAUUUAUCGUUCUACUGAGAUUUUUCCACAUUAUAACGUUUCUCUACGUUUCGCCCCCAGGGACAAACAUCACGAGAGUAACGCGAUACGAAGACGACUCUGUUGUGUUCUGCAGUAUUUAUGUUACACUUGUUACGAGGUACAGAUACAUUCCUUUAUAAAAACGUCAGUAUUUUUGUAUCUUAUGCUUAUUAUUAUUUUUAUUACUAUUAUUAGAAUUCUAUAGAGAAGAAAGUUUAUUAAUUAUUGUCAUGACCACGCAAAGAGCCGAAAGCUGUUCGAUUCCCUGUUCCGUGUGUUUCUGGAACGUUGGAACGUUAACACUCCUGUGUAUCGUGUCACUUGUUACCCUCUCAGUAUCGUGUUGUUGUGUAUUUUUAUUGCCACUUUCUUCAUUCCAUAACUUGUUAUUCGGUAUAAAUUAA